UCUCCCGAGAGGCUGGUGUCGGCGGUCUGGGUCUUAGUAGGAAUGGGUACAUUAAACUGUGGUUUUCUUCCACGCUUUCUACCAACGCUUUUAUUAUUGUUAUCCUGUAUAUUUGUCCUGUCACGCGGUACGGAACUGAGUUUUGUGACAUGCGGAUCAGUCAUUAAACUGUUAAAUCUGAAGCACAAUGUGAGACUACACUCGCACGACGUACGCUACGGAUCCGGUAGCGGACAGCAGUCUGUAACAGGGGUUACUGCAGUGGAAGACAGUAACAGCUACUGGAGUGUUCGUGGAACGAGCGACGCCUUCUGCCAUCGGGGUACCCCAGUAAAGUGUGGGCAGACCAUCCGCCUCACCCAUGUCAACACCGGCCGAAACCUGCAUAGUCACUACUUUGCCUCCCCACUGUCCUCUAACCAGGAGGUGAGUGCUUUUGGCGAGGAAGGGGAAGGGGAUCACCUGGAUGAGUGGACAGUUCAGUGUGGGGGAUCUGUGUGGAAACGCGAGGAAGCCGUCCGCUUCCGUCACAAAGCCACUGACGCAUUGCUGUCAGUGACAGGGGAGCAAUAUGGACGGCCGAUCCACGGUCAGAGGGAAGUUCACGCCAUGCCAAGCCCCAGCCAGCACAGCCUGUGGAAGGCCAUGGAGGGCAUUUUCAUGAGCCCCAGCGAGAGCCCAGCGGGUAGCCGAGACUACAGGCACUCACACACAGAGUUCUGAAAUUUUCUUCCCUGCUUCUGUCUCUUCUCAUUUUCCUCCCUGUCUACCUCUGUAUUCCUACCUCUGUCUCUAAUUACAUCUGUACCAGCAGCCUCCAAAUGCAUCUCUGUCCCCCGUUCUCUUUUGUCUCAUUUUUCUCUCUCAUGAACCUUUGACUGUCGUCUCUUGAAGAGACUGUAACAAAGUCUGUCGUGGAUCAGGGUGCAGUGUUUUACAAUAAAUGUCCACAUACAAAAUAUCUAUGGAGAUUAAUUUGGAAACACUAUUGAAUCUUCAGAGAUCCAGCAGCUACACUCAGAGAGCUAACAUAACAACACUACAAUUUGCCUUAACAGGUACAAGAAGACAUAAAGGUAAAAAUACAGACAUAAAGGUUUUACUGCCUCCAAGUCGAGGUUUUCCUAUCAGCUGUUAUUUAUUGUUAAAUAACUACCAUCAGCAAUCAUCCUACAGUACAGAGGGCAGUGCAGAUUUUGUUUUGCAGAGCAGCACAUUUAAAUAAUAAAAUGAGUGUUGUGUUUCGUUGGACUGAAAAAAACAUUGUUACACUUGUGCCUUUAUGGGUUUUUUUUUUAAUGUUGUAGGUGUUUACAUUGUGGAGCCUUUUAAACUUUUGGAAACGAGCAUUUUACUUUGUUUUUAUGGUAUUUGUAAGCCAUGUUCUACUCAAACAACGAUAAACAGUGUUACUAUGGAAAAUUGCUUAUUUUCACUUUAAGGCCGAUUCAGUGUAGCAUAUAAAUUAUCCCGCAAUAACUGACACGAGAGAAUAAGCGGUUUAUUGUUUAUUGUCAUUGUCUGAUCAGUGCUGGGAGAAAGUGUUUUUAUGUUCAUGCUGUCUGUGCAUGCAUUUGUUUAAAAUCAACUCUUUGUUUCAGAGGUUCAUAUGAACAACAAACCUGCAAUGAAUACCUCAUAUUAAAGAGAUUUUUUUUAUGCA